AGGUCGACUUGGAUGCAAGUCUCAAAAGAUGCGCUGGGCGAGUUCUUUAAAAACUUCAGGUCAGUCGAUCUAGCGGCCGGUCUAACGGGAGGCCUAACGUCCACUCUAUGUUGUCACCCCCUAGACAUUGUCAAAAUACGUCUAGCAGUCAACGAUGGUUUCAAGUCACGACCCUAUUACGAAAACAUCAGACAUAUUUGCAAGUCUAUUUACAAAAAUGGAGGUGUUUUCGGGUUCUAUCAAGGCGUGACUCCUAACUUAAUUGGAGCCAGUGCAUCCUGGGGAUUAUACUUUUAUUUUUAUAACGCAUUUAAAAAGUUUUGGGCAAAUGACGGAACUUCACAACCGAAGAUUUUGUCACCUGGAACGCAUAUGUUUUCCGCUGCCUUAUCCGGCGCAGUGACACUGGCGUUUACUAACCCAGUUUGGGUAGCGAAGACGAGACUUUGUUUACAGUACGAGUCUAAUUCGGCUAAUGGGCCGAGUGCUAAGCCGAGAGGUCAAGUUGUGAUGUAUCGGGGAUUUGUUGAUUGUUUACUGAAGACAUACAGACUGGAGGGUGUGAAGGGGUUGUACAGUGGGUUCUCAGCUGGUUUAAUUGGGGUUUCUCAUGGAGCUUUUCAAUUUAUGGCGUACGAAGAAAUGAAGAAAUGGCAUCGGAGAAAGUACUCCUCAAAUGCGAGCAAUCAAAAACACUCCUCAGAAGAGGUUAAGUUGGCCACGAAGUGGUACCUGCUUUUCUCCGCCUCCUCAAAGUUCUUCGCAGUAGUGAUCACUUAUCCCUACCAGGUAGUCAGGGCGAGGCUCCAGGACCAACAUAGAGUACAGCACGGAGUCGCUCAUGUAGUUAAGUACACCUAUACGCAAGAAGGAAUGCGUGGCUUCUACAAGGGACUCCUCCCAAGUAUGGUUCGAGUGGUGCCUGCUACAUGCAUCACUUUCGUCGUUUACGAAGAGUUCAGCAGUGCCUUCAAGUGAUGGAUAUCUAUGCUUCAAAGACAGUCGAUUAGCUACCUGCAGCGCCUAGCAAACAUGGUUCGGAAAUUGUAAAGAAGAUGGAGAGUAUACUAACUGAGCCCUUUGAUGGUGGG